GAAUAGAGAAACGGGAUUUUUUUUAUGAAGCAGGGCUGUGGAGAGUUUAAUUUCCUGCGAGUCCAGAAUCGGGGCGUAUCUGUAUUGGCCUCAGGUCACAGUCGCAGCUGCUGCUGGGAAUACCGGAGCACCGUGUAGUCCCGCUGCUGUCUAUCAGACUGAGAAGAGUAAACUACCCGACGAAGACAGGCUAAUUAGCUAGUUAGGUGCUACUCGCUAAGUCAGCUAACUUGCAAUCAAGCAGCAUCGUACCUUACUCUUGCGGAAUAACAUUAUAAUGGUUUUAACGCAAGCGCUAGCCAGAACAGCAAAGCUAGCAACAGUUAAAUGAAGUAGCAGGUCGGUGAUGUGAUUGUUUUAGCUGCUUUAGCUAACGCGGAAGGUAUCAACUCACGGUAAUCAAUGAUUAGCUUUACGGAAAUAAUACUCAGCUUAUUUUAUUAGACAUUACUUGUGGAUAAAGGAUGUCAAAACGCCUGCGAAACACGGAGGUUUGCGCUGAUUGCAGUGUCCCAGAGCCUCGCUGGGCCUCGGUGAACAGGGGUGUGUUGAUUUGCGAUGAGUGCUGCAGUGUCCAUCGAAGCCUGGGUAGACACAGCUCCCAAGUCCGACACCUGACGCACACACCAUGGCCUCCUACACAGCUGCAGAUGGUUCAGACAUUAUACAGCAAUGGUGCAAAUUCAAUAUGGGAGCACUCUCUUCUGGACCCUGCAUCUGUAAUGAGUGGAAAACGCAAGGCCAAUCCUCAGGACAAAUUGCACCCAAACAAAUCAGAAUUUAUAAAAGCCAAAUAUCAAAUGCUGGCAUUUGUCCAUCGCAUGCCAUGCCGGGAGGAUGACAGCUCUGCAACAAAGGAUUUAAGCAAACAACUUCAUUCAAGUGUACGCACAGGGAAUCUUGAGACUUGUUUGAGGUUGCUAUCCCUGGGAGCCCAAGCUAACUUUUUUCAUCCUGAAAAAGGAAACACUCCUUUACAUGUUGCUGCAAAGGCAGGACAAGUAUCUCAGGCCGAGCUAUUAACCGUUUAUGGGGCAGAUCCAGGAGCCCUCGACAGCAAUGGCAAAACUCCCAUUGACUAUGCAAGAGAAGCUGGACAGCAUGACCUGGCAGAUAGACUGGUGGAGAUCCAGUAUGAACUGACAGAUCGACUGGCAUUUUACCUGUGUGGGAGAAAGCCAGAUCACAAAAACGGCCAGCAUUUCAUUGUUCCACAAAUGGCUGACAGAAACGUCAGUUUAGAUUUAUCAGAACUCGCCAAGGCUGCAAAGAAGAAACUGCAGUCUCUCAGUAAUCAUUUAUUUGAGGAGUUGGCAAUGGAUGUGUAUGAUGAGGUGGAUAGAAGAGAGACUGAUGCAGUGUGGUUGGCUACACAGAAUCACAGCACCCUUGUGACAGAAACAACUGUGGUGCCUUUCCUUCCCGUGAAUCCAGAGUAUUCAUCAACAAGAAACCAGGGACGCCAGAAGCUGGCAAGAUUUAACGCACAUGAAUUUGCAACACUUGUGAUUGACAUAUUAAGUGAUGCUAAGCGCAGACAACAAGGGAGUUCAAUAGCCAGUCCCAAAGAUAAUGUGGAGCUCAUCCUAAAAAGUGUGCCUGUCAGGCAUUGUAGUGAUAGCCAGGACAAUGACCAGCCUGACUAUGACAGUGUGGCAUCUGAUGAGGAUACAGAUCAGGAGGUCCCCUCUAGCAAAGGAGAUAGAACAAAGAGCCUGGACUCGGACCUCUCAGACAGCCCUGUUACUAUGCAAGAAUACAUGGAGGUGAAACAUGCUCUCUCAGCCUCUGAAGCUAAGAUCCAACAGCUCAUGAAAGCCAACAACAACCUGAGCGACGAACUGAGGCUGAUGCAGAAAAAGCUGCAAUCUCUGCAAAGCGAGAACACCUCUCUCAGGCGGCAGGUUACAACCAAUAUCUAUCAGAUCCCCAGCGGUUCAGACUACCCUGACCCCUCCAGCCCCUCAGCCUUGAAACGCCGACAGUCUGCGCGGGCCAGUCGGCCCAUGUCUAUGUAUGAGACCGGCUCAGGCCUGAAGCCUUAUCUCCCUAAAGGGGAAACUCCCUACCCAGAGGAGGGUAUCCCCACCCUGCAACCCUUCCCACCUCAUACGGAAAGGGGAGCUUUUGUGACCACCUCCUCAUCCCUCCCCUCAUUUCCAUCUACCCUGUCUUGGUCGAAGGAUGACAGUACGCAAAAGGCCUCAAAGUUAGAGAAGCAAAGCAGUAUGCCUGAAAGUGACUACGAUAAUACGUUCAAUGAGUCUGAGAUGGAUGACUCAGGUCUGUGCAGGAGAGGGAGGCUGAGGAGCAGCGGCUGGCUGGGGGAGGGCAGCUCUAUCCCUGAACUGGAUGAUCUAGAGAUGGAAUCAGACCCUACACUUCCCAGCACAGAAGACGUCAUCCGCAAAACCGAGCAGAUCACUAAGAAUAUCCAAGAGCUGCUGCGAGCUGCUCAGGAAAACAAACACGAAAGCUUCAUACCCUGCUCAGAAAGAAUACAUGUGGCUGUAACAGAAAUGGCUGCCCUCUUCCCAAAGAAACCACGCUCAGAAACUGUGAGAGGCUCUUUGCGCUUGUUGACCUCCAGUGCGUACCGGCUUCAGAACGAGUGCAGGAAGGCGCUGCCUUCAGAUGGCUGCCAAGGACCGGACAUGCAGCUGGUCACCCAGCAGGUCAUCCAAUGUGCUUAUGAUAUUGCCAAGGCAGCAAAGCAGCUUGUCACCAUCACUACAAAGGAGAAUACCAACUAAAAGCACUUAAAGGCUGCAAAGCCAUUAGCAUCUCAGUUUUGUUUUUAUCUUUUUAAAUGAUUUUAUUGUUUUUUGUAUUUGUGAUAUAUGCAUGCCUUCUUUUUUUUUUUUUAUUUAUUUAGACAUUAAAAUUCAACUGUGGACAUAAUGUGAGUAUAAGGGAAAGAGUCAUGUAAACCUGAGGUUACCAGCUGUAAUGGCACAAUUUAGUACAUGAGAAAACAACUUUCAUAAACCAUGUCUGGACAGUUUGCUGUGGCAGAUAGCAGGCCUUAGAGAUCUUUGACAAACUGAGUAAUUCAUCUUAGUUCCUGAUCAUGUUAAAGUAAUCCAUAAUGUAAAUAUCUUCAGUAAGAGAAGGAAUUAAGCACAGUAAAGUAAAUCCAUAUGACAGUGGUUAAACUAGUCCAAAGCCAGAUGCAGAUGCUGAAAAGCCAUAAAUGAGUGAUAAAUUUACUGUCAUUGAGCGCUAUUUCCAACACUCGUGUAGCUAAAGGAGCUUCCCCUCUUCUUUUGCACUGUGCAAGCAUCACAUACUGUACAGUUAAAUUGUCAAACAAAAUGACCAUUUGAUUGACUUCCAUUUCAUGUUGGGAACUUCAUUUAUGCACAUUAUGUAGCUCUGCAAUGCUAAUGUUUGUUGCAUAGAAAAGCUAUUUAUAUGGUUGGUCCCCUGUCCAAGUGUAAUCCAGUCUGCAGUACACUUAUUGCAGCUAUUUAUGUAUGCCCAUUUGUCAAGUCAGUGAAUGCAAGCAACACUUGUUCAGGGGCCAAGUUAUAUUCUUCACCAGCAGCAAGAUGUUGUUGUAUUAAGUUAUAAUGAUUUGAUGUGUUUCCAUGAGGCUUCACACUGUACUGUAUUACGCGGUCUUCUGUGCCACUGCAGUGUUGAUGUUACAAGAUAUUUAGAGCUUAUAACCAUAUGUAUUUUCAUGUGUUUUGUGCUCUGUUCUGUUGCUGCUAGUUUUGUAUUAAAUGUGCAACAUAUGGGAUA